AUGGAUCGAGUCCACGAUGAUGAUGACGAUGAUGACAAUGAUGAGGAUGAUGACGAGAAUUAUGUUGAUGAUAAGAAUGAUGAUGAUGAUGAUGAGGAUGGUGAUGAUGAUGAUGAUGAUGAUGAUGAUGAUGAUGAUGAUGAUGAUGAUGAUGAUGAUUAUGAUGAUGAUGAUGAUGAUGAUGAUGAUGAUGAUGAUGAUGAUGAUGAUGAUGACGAUUAUGAUGAUGAUGAUGAUGAUGAUGAUGAUGAUGAUGAUGAUGAUGAUGAUGAUGAUGAUGAUGAUGAUGAUGAUGAUGAUGAUGAUGAUGAUGAUGAUGAUGAUGAUGAUUUCGAAUGA